ACACAAUGGGCGCGUUUCCUAGGAUUGAUGUAAGAUCUGCGGGUGAUAUGAACGGAAAUUUGUAAUUUAUCAGAGGAUCAAAGCGUUUAUCCCGGCCGCUCUUUCAACAAAUGUCCACUGCAACGGUUGCGUGCUACUACAAUGUGAGAUGGCUUCGUCGUCUGUGAGAAGGCUUCCUCGCCGACGGGCUGCGGCUCCAAAAUACACAACAGGGCUUGAGGUCGGAUCCUCCGAAUCUGAACAAUUAAGCAGCGACGAGGAAGAAAGCUCCUAUGAACUGGACACGGAAGGCCGGGGUGCAAAGAGAGUACGCCGGGGCACGCGUCGCGGGGAUGAUGAAGAAUAUGAAGAGCAAGAUAAUGAUGCCGAACGCAUGGUGGAUGAUGACGACAUGGGAUCUGCUUUGCGGUCCGAUCUGGAGGAAGCGGACAAGGCAAAGAAAACUCGACCAAGGCCAGUUGGACGCAUUGAGGAACAAGAUCCCAUGGCUACUCAUUCAAGAGGUCUCUACAAACCGUCAGCGCAUGGUGCCAAAAUGACCUACUUGAAAUUAACGUUCGGCGCCAGCGAUGAGGAUUUGUUGCCCAUGAUAUAUACUAGAGCUAGAUGGACAAAAGGUCGAGAUGCGACAUUUCCUAGUAGGGAUACUUUACGGGAAGCGCUUAGCAUGACUAUUGACGAAAUUGGAGCUGCUUUUGGGGUGAGCGGUGAUAUGUUGCGCAAGGAGGCGACAUCUGGCUGGGAUUGGUACUAUGGCGAAAAUAACAGUAGCCGGUUUAGCAAAAGACAACGAACAGUGGGUAUCACAGCUGAGGAAGGAAAACCUUAUUUGCGCCGGGCCAGGACGAAAAAGCACACUGUCAUAAUUGGACCUGCAUCAUCUCAAAGAGUCUACGAGCUUGCUGUGGGCCAAUCGCUGGACUUUGGCGAGGCAUGGAGUGAAAUCAAACCGAAAGGGAGACCCCCAGGACGCCCUAAAAAGGGAGAUAAGCUGACCCGUCAGGCGGUAGAGGCUCAAGAGCCUUUAUUACCCGAAACUGAACUAAUGUCUGAGGUACAGAAUGGUUCUGCGUCUCGGUCACGAAGGAAUCGUGAAGGGUGGAUUCUGAAUUUGGGCCAUAAGGUUCAGUGUGUAUCAUGGGCGCCAAACUGUGCUGGGAGUUCGCAAUAUCUUGCGGUAGCGAUUCCAAUAUCAGAUUCGCAGAAACAGUCGUUGGAUGGGAUUUCCCAGGGUGCACCAGCCUUUACGCCUUCCCCGCCAUAUCCGUCUGCCAUACAGAUUUGGUCCUUUGAGUCUACGAAAGAAGAUAAUGAUGUCCGACAACUUGAUAUGAGUGUCAAGCCGCGCUUACGACAAGUAAUAUGUACAGAUGCUGGUGAUAUCAGGCGCCUAUCCUGGUGCCCAAUGGGCCGGGAUGAGCGAGGAGGAGAUGAAAUUGUUGAGAGUGUCAAUAUCGGCCUUUUGGCAGGCGUUUGGGGAGAUGGGAGUGUCAAGGUUUUGGACGUGCAACUAAACAAGCUGGCCAGUGAGACGGAAUAUGUCCAGGUUCACGUGCCUGCUUUUGAGGCUAAACCACCAUCGACACUUUGCACCUGUUUCUGUUGGCUUUCCCCGAGCGACCUCGCGAUUGGCACUGCCAGUGGGUUUGUUGGAGUUUGGAGUCUGUCAUCGCCAUCCGAUGCUAACGAAUUAGGCGCAAAUCCAACACCGUACAUAUACCUUCCUGUCCAUACCUCCUACAUUCUCAAUAUCACGUCAUCAUACCCAACGUACCCACAUAUACUUGUUACGACGGGAAUGGACGGCAAAACAAAACUUUUUUCCCUCCUAGAUCCCAAAACAGAUGUUACAGAGACUUCGCGUUCGCGAGUGGGUUCAUAUGAAGUAUCAUAUUCGCCCUUCUUGCGAACAUACAUUUGCUCAGAUGACACUGAAUUUGUUCGAAUCCAGCCACUCCGACGGUUCUUCUCUACAUCUUCCAUAUUACAAACGUAUGAUUUGGUAUCAGCUAUUACGCCAGCGAAUCUAUGCCACCCAUCCUUUUUGGCCGGUAACGUAAGCGGCACUGUCGCGGUCACGAAUCCAGUUCUCAGAUUGAUAAAUCCCAAGGAGAAGAACUGGCAGCAGACGUGGUUUAGCCAUGAAUGGAUUCCUAACAAGAACGAAGAACAUGGCACUGAACAGAAGGAUGAUACUGCGGGGCCCGGGGUUAGCAAAUUUUAUGAUGGGUUCAAGGCAGAAGUACCCAUGCUAACCAGAAAGUUGACGGGAGAUAGGAGGAUGGCAGACGGUAACCUUGCGAUAGCAAUUUUUGAAGAAGGAAGUGCGAUUACAUCACUCGCAUGGAAUCCAAAUAAAGAAUGUGCAGGAUGGGCAUGUGCAGGGAUGGGUUGUGGUUUGCUCCGGGUUGAGGACUUAGCUCUUCGGUGAAGGAAAUCGUUUCAAGUGGAAGUUGGGAAUUUCUAUUGUGCUUGCGGAGUACAUACUCCCAUUUUAUGUACCCUCGCAACUCAUAGCUAUUAUAGAGUACUCCAUAAAUUGUGAGCAAAUGAUGACUACUACAGGUACUCCGUGAAUUAUACUCCUCUUCAGAGUUCUGCCGGGUUGUUUUGUACUACCCCGCGAUUUGCCCUUGGACCUUGGCAUUCUGGGCACAAAUGAUACCCGCUUAUGCUUGGCACUAUGU